AUGAUGCUGCCUACAGCGCCGCUGUCAAGCAAUACAGAUACCUCAUCAUCUCCCCCAAGCUCAGAUGAAUCUGGUCUUCUGGAUCUUCAUGUAGCUAGAGAAUCUUUCUUUAUAGAAAACCAACAACAAUUGCAUAAUACAAAUAAUAGUGAUAGACCCUUUACAGUAUAUUUGGAUGAAAACCAGCUUUCCUCUCUACAACUUGCAGAUGAAUUAGAUGCAGAUGAUGAAGGAAGUCAUGUUGCGAGUUCUGCUCGAUUGCACAAGUCUACUUCAUCGAUAUAUAGUGACAAGCAUGAUACUAAUCUAAUUCAACCCCAUUCCUUAGCUAACCCAGACAGAUAUUUCGACAACCUUUUAAUAGAUAGUGGAGCAGAAUCAAUAAUAACAAAUGAUGAGGAAUUUGUGGAUUCAACUUUAAGAACAAAUGAUUCAAGAAUGUAUUCUGCCAUUAAUGCAGAAAGUUCCAAAAAUUUUUCUGAUUUUUUCACUGCAGAUUCAUUUCAACAAACUCAACUAGAUGCUGGGAAAAAUAAUUCAAAUAGUAUGGUACUUUUGAACAAUUCUAUGAAUAAUUCAAAUAGAUCAAUAAGUAAUCAAAAUACUGAAAAUCAUUUAAAAGUGCAUAUCAAUAGUUCUGACUUUGAGCGGCAAAACGCAGCUUUAGAUAGCACGCCAAGAGUUGAGCUUCGACGUGGGUCAGAAUCCUCGUUAAAAUUUAUCCAACCAAAUAGAUUAAGACUAUCUAUGGAAUCUCAAAUAUCGUAUAACUCAUCACUUUUGAGUGAGCAAUUAAAAAAUCCAGGUUUUCCCGAUGAUAACAAUGAUAAUACCAAGCAUAGCAUUCAUACCCCCACACAAGGUCACAUACUCGACAAACCUAAAAUACAUGGAAGUACAGGCACACUUGCCACGUCAAUUUUAUAUCAUUAUAUGCACCAUGAAAACAAUUCUGACGAAAAUAGUGUAUCAACAACUAGCACAGGAAAGUUAAAUAAAAUAAUUAGUCAUAAUAAAAGUUCCAUUUCAAAUUCUAAUAUGCAUGAGUCGUCAUCGGAUAAUAAUCUUACUAGUAAUUAUCAAACACCAAGACAAUUAUCCAUUGGUCCAGAAAUGUUAUUACCAAACACAUUAUUAUCAUCAUCUUUGUAUAUUACAAAUCCAAGCAAUAGAUCAUCAUCAAGUUCCUCAGAGAGACACCCAAUACGUCGCCCUAUUAGGAGUAUAACUUCACCUACAGGUCCUCUGACUUCUGAUUAUGAAGAAGAUGCAGGGGCAAUGGCUAGUUCAUCUUUAAAUUAUACUACUACUAUAGAUGAUGCAGUAGAGAUGUUAAAAUUAGAGAUUGAAUCACCUACCAAAGUUACUCCAGAAGCAUUAACGCGUCAUAGUUCUAAUUUUGUACUACGCCAUUAUAAUAUUGAAAAACGAGUACCAUCUGAUUCAUCAGAGAAUUCCAACACAUCGAACCAUACAAAUAGAUCGUAUCAUAGUCAAUCCUUAUUGACAAAUAUCUUACGUCCAGCACCUCAAGAUGAAAAAAUAAAUAACAGUAUUUCAAAUAAAAGUUCCACCAAAGAAGCGGUGACAAUUCCCGCUUUAAGAAAUAUAACUAGUAGAAAUAAAUGGAGUACCGCAUCUUCAGUAACCCCUAUUACUACGAAUAGUUCAUUUCAUAAUUUCAAUUCCACCUUGAUACGACGUGAACGAACAAAUGAUAGCAACCGGAGCUAUAAGCUUGGUAGAUAUCCUCAUAUUUUUAAUUCUAGUUCCAAUUCGAAUGGUAUAAUUAACUUUUCUGAUUAUAUUGAUGCUAAUGAAUCUGUUUAUGAAAAUGAUAAUGAAAAUGAAGAGGGAAAUGAAAGUGAGAAUAUUAGAAGAACAGUAUCACCUUAUGGAUCAGUAAUAUAUCAACAGAUUGCUCAGCAUGAGAAUUAUAUUACUCAACAGGAAAGAGAAUUAGAAAGAAGAGAGCGUGAACUGCGAAUACGUGAGCAGGAACUUGCACAACAAGAGCGUGCGAUUGCGUUAUAUGAGCAUGAAUUAACGUUACACACAUUGACACUAAAUGGUGAAAACCCCAAUACUUCUUAUGAAUAUCCAUUGGCAAUUACAAAUGAUAAUAAUAAUGAUGAUGAUAAUAGUGAUAAUGAGGCUAAUGAGCUAAUUCCAUCAGCUGCAAUAAGGACACCUGUUAUAUCUACACCAUUACCGGCACAGACUAAUAAUACCCUAUCUGCAAAAACUGUGAAUACAAGUAUUUUCACAGGUGCAGAUAUAGAUAUUGCUGUUGAUGCUAUUAAUAAUCAUCGUCAUACAAUUUUUAACGAUGAAACUACAAAUGAUGAAAAGCGUAAGAGUAAACGCUCUAGUAAACGUAAAAGUAAGCGUAAAAGUAGAACGAAUAUUCCUGUAAAUUUGAAUAAUGAAUUAAAUUCUGCUAUGUUUGCGGUAGGUGAUCAUGAUGAUUUAGAAAGAGAUGGUAUGAGAAUUCAACAUAUUGAAAGUAAUUCAUUAACUUCAUUUGAUUCUCAUCCAAAUUUAUUUUUCGAUAUUUAUAGUAUCAAACGAUUAUUUUUUUUAAUAUUAAUUUGCUUAGUAAUCCCACCUAUUUUUUUCAUUAUUGGGAUUGGUAAGAAAGGUGGAAUUACUGAUUAUCGACUCAUGAAAAUGAUAAUGAAUGAAGAACAUAGAAUUGGAUUAUUUCAAGGUUUUAUAUGGGAUGUUGAUAUCAAUUGGUUACGGAAACUAUGUUUAGUGAUGGGUAUGAUAGAAACAAUUGUUAUAUUAGGGUGUAUAGGUAUUGGAUUUGGUGUUGGCUUAACACGAUAA